GCUUCAGUAGCGAGAGGGGCUGAGAAAGUGGUGACACCGCCGGGGUGCGGAGGGAGUCCCUGAAACUUCUCCCAACAGCCCCAAGGCCAAUCUCCCCUCAGCCCACUCCCCUCUUCGCCAGCUCCCAGGUCCCCACUCCCUGUACCGGGGGUGGGGUGGGGAGCCAGGCCCGUCUCCCGCUGGGACACACACAGGGGCCGGGAGCGGGGACGGGACCCCCGAGGCGGGGGGGACGAACCGACAGACAGACGGCUGGGCGCCCGCCCCAGCGGGCAGGCAGGCAGGAGGAGGCGGAGGCGGGGGUACGACGGGGAGCACUGGGUCUGGGGAGUUUCCUCUCAACUAUCGGGGGAGAAACUCCCCGCAGCCGGAGGAAAGACCCAGACAGUGUUUUCCUCCCGGGGGCCGUGCUCCCCCGCCCCGCGUAGCGGCGGUCGCCGCCACCGGCGCCUCCACCUCUACCAUCUCCUCUUUCUCCACCACCUCGGGCCCCGGUGUCCCCGGCCAGCACUAUGCCCAUCUUACUGUUCCUGAUAGACACGUCUGCCUCUAUGAACCAGCGCAGCCAUCUGGGCACCACCUACCUGGACACGGCCAAAGGCGCGGUAGAGACCUUCAUGAAGCUCCGUGCCCGGGACCCUGCCAGCAGAGGAGACAGGUAUAUGCUGGUCACUUUCGAAGAGCCGCCCUAUGCUAUCAAGGCUGGAUGGAAAGAAAACCAUGCAACGUUUAUGAAUGAAUUGAAAAACCUUCAGGCUGAAGGACUUACGACUCUUGGCCAAUCCCUAAGGACAGCUUUUGAUUUAUUAAAUUUAAAUAGAUUAGUAACUGGCAUAGACAACUAUGGGCAGCUUCAUUUACCUCUUAAUUCUCCUUUGCCUGGAAGUGAAUUGACCAAGGAACCUUUUCGUUGGGAUCAGAGACUCUUUGCAUUAGUGUUGCGGUUGCCUGGCACCAUGUCAGUAGAAUCAGAACAGUUGACAGGUGUGCCUUUAGAUGACUCUGCAAUCACACCAAUGUGUGAAGUGACAGGCGGCCGUUCAUAUUCUGUGUGUUCUCCAAGAAUGCUUAAUCAGUGUCUGGAGUCCUUGGUGCAGAAAGUACAAAGUGGGGUGGUAAUAAACUUUGAAAAAGCAGGACCAGAUCCUUCCCCUGUAGAAGAUGGGCAGCCAGAUAUAUCAAGGCCUUUUGGAUCUCAGCCUUGGCAUAGCUGUCACAAACUCAUAUAUGUCAGACCAAAUCCUAAAACUGGGGUUCCUAUAGGUCAUUGGCCUGUUCCAGAGUCUUUUUGGCCAGAUCAAAAUUCGCCAACACUACCACCUCGUACAUCUCAUCCUGUAGUGAAGUUUUCCUGUACAGACUGUGAACCAAUGGUUAUUGAUAAACUUCCUUUUGACAAAUAUGAGUUGGAACCUUCACCACUGACUCAAUUUAUCCUGGAAAGGAAAUCUCCUCAAACAUGUUGGCAGGUGUACGUGAGCAAUAGUGCAAAAUACAGUGAACUUGGUCAUCCUUUUGGUUACUUGAAAGCCAGUACAGCACUGAACUGUGUCAACUUAUUUGUGAUGCCUUACAAUUAUCCAGUCCUUCUUCCCCUCUUAGAUGACUUGUUUAAAGUGCAUAAAGCAAAACCAACAUUGAAGUGGAGACAGUCAUUUGAAAGUUAUUUGAAGACAAUGCCUCCCUACUAUCUUGGGCCCUUGAAGAAAGCUGUUAGGAUGAUGGGAGCACCUAACCUAAUAGCAGACAGUAUGGAAUAUGGACUUAGUUACAGUGUCAUUUCAUACCUCAAAAAACUGAGUCAACAGGCCAAAAUAGAAUCUGAUCGAGUCAUUGGAUCUGUAGGCAAAAAAGUAGUACAGGAGACUGGAAUAAAAGUCCGGAGCCGAUCACAUGGUUUAUCAAUGGCAUAUAGGAAAGAUUUUCAACAACUUCUCCAGGGAAUUUCAGAGGAUGUCCCUCACAGACUGCUAGACCUUAAUAUGAAGGAAUACACUGGGUUCCAAGUUGCUUUGCUGAAUAAGGAUUUGAAGCCACAGACAUUUAGAAAUGCUUAUGACAUACCAAGACGAAAUCUUUUGGAUCACUUAACAAGAAUGAGAUCUAAUCUUUUGAAGAGCACUCGCAGAUUUCUGAAAGGACAGGACGAAGAUCAAGUGCACAGUGUUCCUAUAGCACAAAUGGGGAACUACCAGGAAUACCUCAAGCAAGUACCUUCUCCACUAAGAGAACUUGAUCCUGAUCAGCCACGAAGGUUGCAUACAUUUGGCAACCCCUUUAAGCUGGAUAAGAAGGGUAUGAUGAUAGAUGAAGCAGAUGAAUUUGUGGCUGGACCUCAAAAUAAACAUAAACGACCCGGAGAACCAAAUAUGCAAGGGAUCCCUAAAAGACGUCGGUGUAUGUCUCCACUACUAAGAGGCAGACAGCAGAAUCCUGUUGUAAACAAUCAUAUUGGGGGAAAAGGACCACCUGCACCUACAACUCAAGCACAGCCAGAUCUUAUUAAACCUCUUCCUCUUCAUAAAAUUUCAGAAACCACUAAUGAUUCGAUAAUACAUGAUGUGGUUGAAAAUCAUGUUGCAGACCAACUUUCAUCAGACAUUACACCAAAUGCUAUGGAUACGGAAUUUUCAGCAUCUUCUCCAGCCAGUUUACUGGAACGGCCAACCAAUCAUACGGAGGCUCUUGGUCAUGACCAUUUAGGAACCAAUGACCUCACUGUUGGUGGAUUUUUAGAAAAUCAUGAGGAGCCAAGAGAUAAAGAACAAUGUGCUGAAGAGAACAUACCAGCAUCUUCACUCAACAAAGGAAAGAAAUUGAUGCAUUGCAGAAGCCAUGAAGAGGUCAAUACUGAACUAAAAGCACAGAUAAUGAAAGAGAUCCGAAAGCCAGGAAGAAAAUAUGAAAGAAUCUUCACUUUACUGAAGCAUGUGCAAGGCAGUUUACAAACAAGACUAAUAUUUUUACAAAAUGUCAUUAAAGAAGCAUCAAGGUUUAAAAAACGAAUGCUAAUAGAACAACUGGAGAACUUCUUGGAUGAAAUUCAUCGAAGAGCCAAUCAGAUCAACCAUAUUAAUAGCAAUUAAAAGAAAAUAGAAUGUGGCCACUUAUUUCACUAUCUUCUUCAAAUACAAAGUAAAUACAAGACUGUUGUGAUCUUGCAUUCAUUUUCUGACAUGCAUUGUUGGCUAUUUGAAAUACUAAAAGCAAAUUUACAGAUCCUUUUUCCAUCAUUUUACAGUGACCUUUUCUUCAUUUUGGUUUAUUUUUGUAAUGUGAAAAGUAUCACUCUAAAAAACAUUUUUAAUUUAACAAACUAAAAAUAUUCCUCCAAAUCUCUUGCUUGUCAUUGACUCUUGCGUGUCAAUUUCCCUCAGGUUCUAUUUUCUUAAACCAACCUUUAAAAUUGUCACCUCUGUUAAGGUUGAACUUUGCCAAAAAAAAAAGAAGUUACUUUGUAAUUUUUGGGGAAAAAAGCACAUACAUUAAAACUAGGUAAUGUUUUGUAUAUACAGUUAUUUUGGAUAUAUUAUUGUAAGUUGUACAAAUGUAUUUUGAAGAAUAUUUAAGAAAAGCACUUUUGUUAUUCCAUCAAUAAAUGCUCUAUUUUA